AUGAUCACUGCCGGCAUGAGCUGCCAGCUGAUCCACUACACACAUGAAGAGCACGACAAGUUCUUCGAAGUGUGCAAGAACUUCAACUUCAUCAUCGUGCGCUGUAAUCCAGGUCAGAUCAAGGCUGACGGCGGAGACCAGCAGAAGUUCGACGACGGCAUGCGUGAGAUGCGCAAGGCAGGCAUCCAGGUCUGGCCCUCGCCGGACGUGAUGGAAAAGAUGGGUGCCAAGGAUGCUCUGUGCAAGGUGGCGACCCUGAACAUUGGCUUGGAAGACACCCUGGCCUACUACAGCCCCGAGGAAUUCGCCGCGGGCUUCAAGAAGACCAUGGCUUUCCAGCCUCGUGUGAUCAAGCAGAACCGCGGCUCCUCGGGAGAGGGAAUCUGGAUCAUCAAGCUCGCUGAGGGCAACUACUGCAAGGAGUACGGCGAGCGAUCCUGCGAGGAUGGCGAGGUGCUGAAGCUGAUGGAGGCCAACGACAACCACGAGGAGACGCACACCGUGGCGGAGUUCAUCGAGUUCUGCGUGAGUGGCCGUUCGGAUAAGUCGGGUGAGUGGACGUCCAAGGGUGUAGGAAAGUAUUUGGAGGGUGGCAAGGAAGCUGGUGGCCAGCUUGUGGACCAGCGCUUCUGCCCCCGCAUCGUGGAAGGUGGCAUCUCGGCUGUGGGAGGAACCGGCUCCAUCUACACCUACUACGGCCCAGAGGAGGCGUCUUUCAAGACCCUCACUGAGAACUUCCUGCAGAAGGACCUGCCGAAGGUGAUGCCUUCCCUGGAGCUGGCUGAGGAGCCGGUGCCGCUGUGGUGGACCACGGACUUCAUCUUGGCAUCGCCUGAGGGCACACCCAAGGAGGAGGAGAAGUGGAUCGUCGGCGAGUUCAACUGCUCCUGCGUGGGCAUCUCGCGCUGCCUGGCUGCCUACUGCAAGGACGACACCUCCAACGCCUCCUUCGACGACAUCAUCGAGGAGGACAAGGCUGAA